AUGCAACCUUGCAAAGCCUUUCUCUUUACCUUCCUCAUUUGGGCCUGGGAAUAUACCAAAAAUGGUGCCCUCAACUGCAACGGAGACAACGAUGGCGCACACAACCAAUUCAGCGUAAGGGCCGCAAGAAUGCUGUAUGAAUACGACCGCCUCCAGAACGACGCCGAAGGAAGUGUUACUUCCCUUGCGAGCGCUAACAGUAUCUUUAGCAGGAGCAGCGGAGGAUCCACCGGUAGCGUCCUUAGCAGGAGCAGCGCUGGCGGCACUGGUAGCAUCUAUAGCAAAAGCAGCACCAAAACAGCCUUCGGUAAUGACUUCGAAGGCUCUGUAGGUAGUUCUACAAGCAUUGAUGAUCUCAAAAGUGUAGCAUCCUCAACAAGCACCAAUAGCUUGGACACUAGUAGCGAAAGAAGCUAUGAUGAUGAUGCCUCGGAAAAUCAAUCCGUCACAGAUGAUGCAUCGGACAAUCAGUCAGUCACAGAUGAAUCCGUCACAAAUGAAUCCGUCACUGAUGAAUCCAUCCUAGUGGAUAUUCGUGAUGAUAACAGCGUUAGCAGUUACAACUCAGGUUCCACGGCAGCCAGCGCAAGGACAGAUGUAACCAAUGGCUCCAGCAGUACCAUGAGCGGCUCAGUCAGAAGUUCCAGAAGUAGUGCAAGCAGCUCUACCAAAAGCUCCAGAAGUAGCGCAAGCGGUUCUGCUAAAAGCCAAAAAAGCAAAUACGACGACACCUCAUAUGAAGAUUUAGAAUCCUUAGAAGAAAAAGAAGCGAAGCGAGCCAAGGAAAAGGCACAAAGGAAAGAAAUUUUAGAUGAAUCUACUUACGAUAUGAAAACAGCCGGAAAAUAUUCCAAAGGAUAUUCGAACAAAUACAACAAGGAAAACAGAGAUGAUGACAAUUAUGAAGUUAGCCGUGAAGAAACCCUAAAUAAAAGAUUAAAGAAACUAAACUCAGAAGAACAAGAAGGACGUAAAGAUGUUAUGAGAAGUUCCAAGAAAGGUAAAAAAUCUAGACGCAGUGCAAAACGCGAAGGGGAAUUCUCAGGUUAUCUGUUAAAAUACAAAAAUGCUCAAAGAGAUAACGCAAAUUUUGAAGUUGACCAAAAUGAGAGACUAUUCAGAAAAGUAAGAGAAUUUAAUGCAAAAGAUAGAGAAAAAAUGAGAAGAACUUUGAAUAAAAUAAAAAAAAAUGUAAAAAAUAUGAACGUGGAAGAUGAAGAUGAAUUAAAAUCUCAAUUAAAAAGUCUCAGAAAAUAUAUAAACUUCGAUUAUGAUGAACACAGUUCCAUUGAUAGUGGCAGUGAUGGUUCUGUAUAUAGCGAUGAGGAUGGCUCAUCCAUAUAUGUAGGAAGACGAGGAAUGGCAAAGAACGGAUCCAUUGAAAGAACCAGAAAUAACAUGGAUGAACUCAGAUCUUACAUCGAUGAAGCCAUGGAUAAGAAUAAUGCCGAAAUCGCCCACUUGUUGGUCAACAAAAUUGAGAAGUACAAAAACAAAGUCGACAAACUGAAAGAGAAAAACAGGAACGAAUUGAAAUUCAUGAAUUUGAGACAUAAUCUCAAAUUGCAGAAGGUCCUCCUCUACGUCCCCCUCAUUUCCCUCAUCACGAGUGUCAUCCUAGGUAUACUUCUCGCUCAGUACUGGAUGAUACCAGUUGUUACUGCUUACUUUGUUAGUUUGUUCAGUUUCGCCUUUGGAACCUUCGUCUCCUAUGGAAUUAUGGGAAAAGUCAUGUUUAACUCCUCCCUCAAAGUUAUCGAUUACAUACUAGGAAGAAACACGAGAGAGAUUGCUGAUUACGUCCCACACAGCAGAAGAGUCAUAAUGGACUGA